UGAGAUUUUAAUAGCAUGUUUUUUUUCUCCCUCUCUUUUCUAUCUUUCUGUAUAUACGGGAUCUAGUUUUUUCUGCCUUGAUGUUUUUUUCGCCUAAAUUGUGGAAUUGUUGCCAAGAUGACGGAGUUAACUGAUACUUGGAACUAAUUAAUGGUUGGAGUAGGGACUGAGGGUAGAGGGGAUGCCUUGUGUCUUCAGUUGUCGACUAGGACCCGGUUGGUGUUCUUGGAUAAUCUGAUGAAAUAUUGGACUUUUUACAAAUCUCGAGUUUCUUGUUUAAAGGAAGAUGCUUUUCAAAGUGAGCAUCCUUCUUCUACCUGUCGUGAUAGGUACUGCUAUAGAACAUUUAGAACGUCACAUUGCACUUACAAAUCCAGUUUCUGAGGGUGUUUCAUUUAUUGGAGAAAAGUUAAAUAUAUCAUGUGAAUCAUCUUGUAAUAUCUAUCAUGAUUGUGAAAAAUCCUUCAUUGAUUGGUACAAGAAUAACACUCAGUUAACAUCACAAUCGAUCUCCCCUCGCAUGAAGCUUGCAAAUCAAUGGUUACGAAUAAUGAACAUAAAGAAGGAAGAUGAAGGUUUAUAUGGUUGUUUCUCUAUUUCUACUGGAGAAUGGAGGAAUUUCACUCUAAUAGUUGAAGAAAAACUGCUUAAAGUUCCAGGAAUGGGCUUAGAAGAUGAUGAUGAAAUAAAUAUGACUGGGGAUAACUUGGAUGAUCCUGAUUAUGGAAAGCCUUAUUUCACCAAUUAUUCAGUCAUGCAUAAUUAUAUGGCAAAAAUAACUGGUGAAACCUGUACUUUGUCAUGCCCGGCAUAUGGUAUUCCUAUUCCCGACAUUAAGUGGUUUAAAGAUGGAAAUCAAAUGGAAGUAGAUUAUAACAAAUAUGUAGAAGAAGAUGAACAAUGGAGUUUUAUUAUUCCAAAGAUCAGUAGAAAAGAUGCUGGAAACUAUACUUGUGUGGUAAAAAAUCAAUAUGGAACUAUUACUCAUACUUCCAAUGUUCAAGUUUAUGAAAAUUUAAAAGAACUACCUCUAGUAAUUGAAAGUCCUUCUAAUAUAACUGUGAACAUCGGGGAAUCAGCUAAUUUUGAAUGUAAAGUUGUUGAUGAUAAUGUAUCUAAAACAGUGCAUUGGCUAAAGCAUAGCAUCCAUCCUUUGCAUUUGAACCUCAACAACAACCAACAAUUAGAACAGUAUUAUGUCAAAAGCAACAAUAACACUCUCUCCAUACGCAAUGUUCAAACAUCCGAUGAAGGAUGGUACACAUGUUUGGUGAUCACUCAACAGCGGAAAAAUAUUAGUAGUGCUUGGCUGGAAGUUACAGAAGAAGAAAGAAAGUUGGCUGGUUCUUUCAAUGACUCAAAACAAGUAGCAAAACCUGUUUUUACAAAACCAGAUAAAAUGCAUAAAGUAGUUGCUAAGCCUGCUGGUAAUACUUUACGACUGAAAUGUCCUGCUGAAGGUAAUCCAGCUCCUAAUAUAACAUGGACAAGGGAUGGUAUGACUCCUAAGAGAAAUUUAGGCUCAGUUCAAUAUAGACAGUGGUCAAUCACUCUUGAAGACGUAAUACCUUCUGACUCAGGAAAUUACACCUGUAUUGUUUGUAAUUUAUACGGAUGCAUAGAUUUUUCAUUUAAGGUUUUGAUACAAGAACGCAUGUACCACAGACCUAUAUUGACCAAAGUGCCGCAGAAUAUAACAUUGGUUGUUGGUUCAACGGGUUCUUUCGAAUGCAAGAUAUUGUCUGACCUCCAUCCUCAUCUUAGCUGGUUCAAGGGUCAAACCUCAAAACCAAAUCAAAAUCAUACAGUUAGCUUGGUGAAGAAAGGGGAUGAUAAUAGUGACCCAGAAAAACUCAUAAUACAUAAUGUUACCCAUGAGGACGAAGCAUGGUAUACUUGUCUAGCAGGAAAUAAGCUGGGUUACACUUCUUCCAGUGCAUACCUGAAAGUAGUGGAUAAGUUAGAAACAGAAGAAAGAGCCUUUUCAUUAAAAGUUUUUGCUGUGGAGAAUACCUUUAUACUAUUCGGUAUACUAUGCAGUGCCUUUUUUUUUGGAACAUUUGUCAUGAUGUGGGUUUUUCAGAGGCUUAAAAGGGACAAAUUGAAAAAAUUAAAUGCUAUAGAAGCAGAGAGAUCUGCAGCUAUCACCCAGUGGAGGAAAAAAGUCAUAAUUGAUAAACAAUGCCCCAAAAAUGAACAAGAUCCAUUAUUGAUGCCUUUAGUGAAAAUUGAAAAGCACAGGGCAUUAUCUAAAGGUGACAGCAUAGAACCUGAUUUAGAGUAUGAGUUACCUUUAGACUCAGACUGGGAGUUUCCGAGGGAAAAUUUAGUUCUUGGUGAAACUUUAGGAGAGGGAGCUUUUGGUAAAGUAGUAAAAGCUGAAGCAGUUGGUGUAAUUCAACCAGGCAUUACAUCUAUAGUAGCUGUUAAAAUGUUGAAAGAAGGUCAUACAGAUGCGGAAAUGACUGAUUUAGUUUCAGAAAUGGAAAUUAUUAAGAUGGUGGGAAAGCAUAUUAAUAUUAUAAAUAUGUUAGGGUGUUGCACUCAAGGUGGCCCUUUGUAUGUUUUGGUUGAAUUUGCUCCUCAUGGAAAUCUAAGAGAUUUCCUAAGACAGCAUAGACCAUCAUCUGGUUAUGAGCCUGCAAUUGGUGAAGAUAUACAAGAUAAUAGAAAUGUGCUAACACAAAAAGACUUAGUUUCAUUUGCUUAUCAGGUUGCUAGAGGAAUGGCUUAUCUAUCUUCAAAAAGAUGUGUACACAGGGACCUAGCUGCCAGAAAUGUUCUAGUUAGCGACAACUAUGUUCUUAAAAUAGCAGAUUUUGGAUUAGCUCGAGAUGUUCAUAGCAAUGAUUAUUAUAGGAAAAAAACAGAUGGCCGGCUACCCGUAAAAUGGAUGGCUCCAGAAGCACUGUUUCACAGAGUUUAUACUACUCAGAGUGAUGUAUGGUCGUAUGGUGUCUUAUUAUGGGAAAUAAUGAGUUUAGGAGGAACUCCUUAUCCUUCAGUACCUAGUAUGGAAAAAUUAUUCCAUCUAUUACGAACAGGACACAGAAUGGAAAAGCCACCAUGUUGUUCAUUAGAAAUUUACAUGAUGAUGCGGCAAUGUUGGUGUUAUCAACCUAAAGAGCGACCAUCAUUUUCAAAAUUGGUUGAAAGUUUAGAUAAAAUACUUAUGGAAACAGCAAAUGAGGAAUACUUGGAUUUAAGUUUACCUCAAUUGGCAACACCUCCAUCCAGCCUUGAAUCCAGCAUAGAACAGUUCCCUUAUCUUCUUUGAGUUACCUGUAAUAUUGAUGGGUUAUAAGUACAAAUCAUCCCUAAGUUAUUUUUAUUUCUUUGUAAUCUACAAGAUUAAUGUAUUUAUACUAGUUUAAUUCCAUUUGUAUAAACAGUCUGUAAGUUGUAAAUUUUGUUAUUUAAAGAAAAUUCUUCUUUACUGUAAAUACAUCUUGUAUAUUUUAUAAAUAGUUGUAGCCAUUUAUUAUUAUUGUCUUUAAAUGUGAUCAUUUAGAAUUAUUUUUUAUUUUUGUCAUUGUUGUACUUAAUAAAUAAAAGUCAUUGAAUUAAUUUUAAUAAUGGAAAUGAUACGUAAUAACCUUUCAUGUUCUAAAAAUAUGGUGCAUGACAUCACACAACUUUCACUUACCACCCUACUUUCAGUAGAAAUUGAUUGUUUUAAAAGUUAAUUAACAUUAAGACUAUUACUUGAAAUAUAAAUACAACCUUAUGAAAACAAAUAUAAAUUAUGUGGACUGUAUAUUCUUGGUGUCAAGCUGAAAAUAAAUUUUAGUUUUCUAUUUAUU